GCUGGUUGCAUAAGGUUGACGUUUAUCUCUUAUUAUAGUGGGGUGCGUAUUGAAUGAAAUGCAACCGAGAAGAUGGACUUUGUGGACAGGCAGUACCUAGAAGCGACACUCAUACUAAUACUCAAUGGUUUUUCCGUAAUUCAUAGUGGCUGGGAAGCAAAAGCUCAUUUGAGGAUCACUCACGGAAAUUUUUCGGGUUAAUUUUCGUGUACUAUCAAAGUUUUCGCCUAGUUGACAGUGAUAGUAAGCAAACUGGAUUACGAAGGGUUUCUGGAAUUUAUUGAGAACAACUGGAAAUCACCUGCAUUUGAGAAGAGAGUGGAGCACAAAGAUGGAUACUACAAACUACCUACAAUUGCGGUCAUUUGUGCAAUAGCUGUGUUACACAAUAUAGGAAUACAAUAUCAAGAUACUGCUGAUCGUGAAGAAGAAACUGAAGAUGACAAUGAAUGAUAAUUUAAAUGGCCUCUAUAUCUUCGCCGCGCGUUCAUAAUUAAUACUUAUUUCGCAUCCAUGCAUAAAAACAAAUAAGGUGCAUGAAAAUUCGGUACAAUAACCAUUGAUUAAUACAAUGAUAAGCCUGCAAAAGGCAGAAGAGGCAAGAGCGGAAGACAGUCUAUGAUAGAACGUACAAGGGAGGAAAGUGAAUCUAUAACUAAGGGUUUGGGGCCUGAGGUUGAAGGAAGACGUCGAACCCGAUCAGCAGCUAAAGGAGUUGUACCAGCUACACCUCCUCCCCCAGCUAAAAAGGAAAGGAAAAGCUCAAGUGGGGGAAAGACUCGUGGACGACCAAAAAGGAAUGCAGAGAAAGAAGAAAAUAAUGACUCUCAUGAUGAGAACAAAUCUGAAUCGUCUGUGACUGAAAAUGAAGAACAGGCCAAAAACAACAUUGAUGCCAAGGAUGAAAGCACACCCAUGGAAACUAACUCACAUGAAGAGAAGGAUAAAUCAGCUGGAAAUAAUAAUGCUACUGAAAGUGCCAAGGACACUAGCAGUAAGUCCAAAGCCACAGAGAACGGCCAAGCGGCGAAAGACGAUACGGACGCUUCUAGCGAAAGCACACCGGCAACCGCCGAUGGCGACUCCGCUCCCGCCAGCAAAGAGGAGUCCGCGGACGCCCCCAAAACGGACGGCGAUGCGACCGACGCCGCUAAAGACGCCGCCCCCGAGCCGAUGGAGAACGAUUCGGUAGCCCCUACCGCGAAUGAUGUCGACGCACCUGUCGUCUCCUCCUGCGAGGAGAAGACGUCCAGUGAUUCAGCCAAGGAAGCACCCGCUGAAAAUGACGUUGACAGCACGGCCGAGAAGGAACCAGCAAAGGAAUGCCCAGCGACGGACGGUGCCGAAACACCGCAGGCGGAGCAACCGGCUGAAUAAGCCACGCCUCCUUUUCACACAUAACACACCCACCAAGCAUCAAUGUCACAUGCGGCCGGGUCGCGCCAUUUGUUUUCUUUUCUAUCUCAUACACAUACAUCCAGUAGGCUAAAACAAUUGUGAAAUUUGAAAGCAGCGGCAGCGCAGUUGAAGGCAGCGGCGGAUACACAGCACACACGGGAAGGCACAAAAUUGACAGAUAUCAAUUGUCGGAGAGGAUUUCCAACCUUGGAAACUCAGUUUUUGAAAAUACGAUUGAGGUAGCUUAUAUUCGUAUAUUGCUCAAGACAUUCAGUUUAUUGAAAAUUAUAAAGCUUCUAGUUUGAAGAUUCUCCCGAUUGUCGAUUUCUACUGUUUGCCUAACUGUAGAGCCCUUUUGCAGUGUCUACCAAUGUGCAAGGGAACGUUCAUGAACUGGCAAUACCGUAUCUUAAUCUCCAAUGCAGACAAAGUCGGGUUGAUGGUCAUGUUUUAAGAAAUGUUCCUAAAUGCUUAGUACUGUACAAUAUGUGUAUAUGAACGUUUCUCAUCUGGCAACACCACAGUAUCUGAUAGGUGAUAUUCAGAGUUGGCAGCUCGAGGUAUAUGGGACCUAUAACAUUACCUAUAUAUUUUAUUUGGUUAAAAUUAUUUUAGCGUGCUUAUGUAAAAAUUAGUAAAUAUGGACAUUCGUGGAUGCUAAAAGUUUUGAGGUGCUGUCAAAUGCCAAAGUCAUGCAGCCAAACAGUGCUUAAGAUUUUUUAGAUAUUGGUAAUUACAGAUAAAAAGUCUGCUUUGUGUCACUUCAACUUGAAUUAUGUUGAAAACACGCAUCAAAUACCUUCAAACACAAAAUGAACGACGCCAACAUGAAACAUAUGGAAGGUUAUAGUUCACCAGCACAUUGCAGGUACGUGACGUCACGUGGAGAUUACUGCAGACAUGUAGCAGGGUUGUCAGUUUGUUUGAAAUGUCCAUAAACUUUUUGUGAUGCACCACAUGUGUAAGGAAACAUUUUUUAACUUACAACAUCGCUGUAUCUGAAUCUUCAUUGCAGAUAGCAGGAUUGCCAUCUUUUAUGAAAUGACCCCAAACACUUGGUAUAAUUUUUGACACUGAGGGGUAUAACCUGCUGCCUAGGAGAGCGACUAUGGUUUGGAGGGGGGGGAGUGGUAACGAAGGUACGUCUAGCAAGUUUUUCGUUAGUUUUGGUUGGGAAUUGUGUAAAUGUGAGCCGGUUCAGUCGUGAUUAUAUUAUGUUUCAUUAAGAUGAGGUAAAUUAAUAAUUACAUACAAUGGGACAAAUAAAUCAUAUUGAGGUUGAUGCGUUAAGCAUUGUAUAAGAACCUAUUGAUACGAUGUUUGCACUUUUAAAGAAGUUCAGUCGUCGAAUUAUAAUGUUUGGCCAUGCAAUUAAAAAAUAUCUCGACUUCAUUAUAUCUGUUUCUAGUAAAAUACAAGAAUGUACACAUUGUACAUAAGUUAUAUAUUUUGGUAAAAUAGCAAAUAUUUUGCUAUGUUUCACCUACAUAUGUGCUGUGCUAUAACAUUUUAAUAAAGUAUUGAAGAGCAGCUCUGUCUCCAAGUAAAUCAUAAUAUUCUACAUGUAUAAAACUAUUGACUUCUGUAAAGUCUCGAAUUAAGAAACAUAAUUUUCAUUGAAACAUUGAUAAUCACAAUUGAAGACCCAUGCAGAAAUAAAUCACAUGCAAUUUAAGGAUGAUUAUGUAUUGUGUGCAAGUUACAUUAUGUGUAGCUCACUUUAUAACAUUUAUCGUUAGUUUGCUGUACUAACAACCUGGUUUAAGUGCUUCUAUUUAUAGAAUUCAUUUUCAUAUUGUGAAUGACGUCAUCCUUAUCAAAAUUCAAGGUUUAGCUUUUAGUGUAUCUCAAGAUUGUCCAUCCAAAACCAAUGAAAAGUACAAAGCUGACGUACAAAAUAUAUUGUAACAAAUAGGCUUUUUUGUUCUAAAAAUGUUCUAGCAAUUUAAGCUCCAAAUUCUUCUUAGGAAUCGAAUAAAAAUUAUCCUUCCUGUCCUACCUUUUAUUUUUUUAAUUUGUAAAAAAUUACGGGUAGAGAGGAAGAUGUCUAUUGGUUGUUUUUCUUUUUUGGGGGAAACAGAUGAAAAAAUUUGCAUAUUUCGAUCAGAAUGUGAUUUGCGUUAGUUUGAGUUUGAAUGUGAAAAAUUGCGUAUAGGUUUAGGUAUUCAUUCUUUUGUAUAUUUUCCUCCUCCUUUUAUAUGAGACGUGUGCAUUUUUUUAUUACAUGCAGAAAAAUUGACUAGCGACUACCGUUUUCCAUUCAACACCUUCGCUCGUAGGUCAAACGUCAACAUGAGAACAGAUUCAAGUCGCAUUCUUCAAUAUUACAUACUUUGCCAGACAUCUGAAAUACAUCAUAAAUCAUUUAGCACAUGUGGCAACAGCGCAUCGCUUUACUGACAUUUGAAACUGUUGAUGUUAUAUAUCGAAGUUAGCUAUGCUUGGUGUUUUAGUUAACGUCAUUUCAAUUGUUGAUAUAACCUAAUUUUUAUAUCCUUCAUUCUGUUGAUCAUUAGAGAACGUUUGGCUUACGAGGGUAUCAGAAAAGUACGUAUUGAUUGAUAUAUGUACCUGAAUCUCUUAAUCAAUAUGUAUAUGAGUGUUUCGUUUGCAACACCUUCAAAUGUCUUUAAUUCCAAGACUUCCUGGUCAUGUAUCAAACGGUUUCGGAUGUUUUUCGUUUUGUAGGAACUGUUUGAGACCUGUCCAAACAUCAAGAGUCUUUGGGCAACAUCUUUUAUGAAACAUUUCUCUAAUUUUUUGUCAUUUCCAUACAUGCUUCUCAUUUAAUUUGUAGACCAUACUGAAUUUUUAUUCUAGAAUGAUUUGUGUGCGUAAUGUUUAGACAUCUGCUUUAUUUUACGGUGUUUUUGUAUAAAUUUGCAAGAUUUGAGAUUUAUUUUUAUUAAGGGGCUGCCAGCAUAAUUUCAGUCACAGUUUAAGGUAGUUUCAUGAGAAAAUUAUUGUUUAUGUGAAGUUGAGAUUGUGGGUAUCAGUUUUCAAAGGAGGGAAUGCAAAAUUACCUACUUAUAUAAUAUCAGUAACACAAGUAUUGUAAAAAUCUCCAAUGUGGUGUAAAUAUUUAAUAACGGAACAUUCAACUUGGAUGAGUAGAUUCAGUUUACAAUUAUUUGGAAUAUAGUAGUUCAAAAAUUUCAUCUUAUAUUCUGCACUGAGUAAUAGACAUUUAAAUUAAAAAAAAAUAAAACAUAAUACCUGUAGCUCUUUACAAUUCAUUGUUUGUAUUUUUAUAGAAAUGUAGUUAAUAUAUAUUAUUUCUGACGUGAAAUACUUGUCCUGAUUUUAUAUUUAUGUAAACUAAACUGUAUGGUUAAUUAUAAAUGUGAAAUAAAUUUUCAUUAGACAAUUA